CCUAAACUCUGAGUACCAGGGGUUUGGUAGGAGGUGCCCUUUUUUGUUCAUUUCACCCCUACCCCUCAGACAACCUGAGUACCACUGUCAGCACUCCUUGAAACGGUCUAAAAAUACCCAUGGUCACCACAGCAUUAAGUAGGAAAAAUAUCUCUGUAGUUUUUUUUUCUGAAUGUAAAACAGAAAAAAAAGAAAAGGAAAAAAAAAACCUUUAUAUGUUCGCACUCAUUUUUCAUUUUUCCCCGUCUCCUUUUGUGUGCGAGUGCUCGAAUAUUGGAGCAACUUCUGAGUUCCUGAACGCAGCACGACGCUCCAUCGAUGAGAAGGUGAGGGAGGAGAGGGGAAGGAGGCAGAUGAAGGAGAAACAUGACGGAUAUCCAUGGUAUCUGAGCUGACUCGCCGAGCACAUCGUCUUCCCUCGCGUAUUUGGGGCCGACUGCAGGCGUCGGGAGGCUGCGGCUGGGAAUAAAUGGAGGAGGAGAAGCAGUUCCUCUGUGGGGUGGUAGAAGGUUUUUAUGGGAGACCAUGGUCUAUGGAUCAGAGGAAAGUUCUCUUUCAAUGGAUGCAAUGCUGGGGGUUAAACACCUACUUAUAUGGCCCGAAAGAUGACCUCAAACACAGACUGUUGUGGAGAGAGGUCUAUUCUCCUGAGGAAGAGGGUCAGUUACGUACUCUUAUAUUGGAGGCCAAAUCAAGAGGACUGAGGUUUGUUUAUGCCCUCUCACCUGGUCAGGAUAUCGUCUUUUCUUCUGCUUGUGACCUGACACUACUCAAACGAAAGCUGAGACAAGUAUCUGACCUCGGUUGUCAGGCUUAUGCCAUUCUCUUUGAUGACAUCGAUCACUCCAUGUGUCAGGCUGAUAGUGAGGCCUUUUCAUCAUUCGCCCAUGCUCAGGUUACUUUAACCAAUGAGAUCUAUCGGUUCUUGGGUGAACCACCCACCUUCCUAUUCUGCCCUACAGAGUACUGUAGUUCACUGUGUUCUCCCAGUGUUUCCAAGUCGCCAUACCUGCAGACUGUUGGAGAGGAUCUGCUGCCUGACAUUACUGUAGUAUGGACAGGCAGUAAAGUGAUCUCCAGGAGACUUUCGGUAGACUGCCUGGCUGAGGUGGAGUGUGUCCUUCAGCGUCCCCCCCUCAUCUGGGAUAACCUGCACGCUAAUGACUAUGACUCAAGACGUCUCUUUCUGGGGCCUUUUAAGGGCCGAGAGCCUAAGCUGAGGAGCCACCUGAGAGGCCUGUUACUCAACCCCAAUUGCGAGUUUGAAGCCAACUAUGUCCCCCUACAUACGCUGGGAAGCUGGUUAAGAGCUGGACAAUGGGAGAGAAAAGAUGAGGAGUGUGAAUACUGUCCAGAUAAAGCUCUGUCUGCUGCACUACAUGACUGGAUGGAAGAACUCAACCAACCACUACAAGCAGGUCGGCAGCCUGCACAAGCAGACCAGCGGUCCUCUGCUCCAGCAUUUCGUUCCAAAACUUCAGACAGAUUUGAAUGCCCCGCCACCAUCAGAGGAUCCUCUCCCGUGGCCAAACUUCCUGUUUUCCCCCUGAACUCCAGCUCUCCCCCAUCAUCUCCAACUAAAGUCAGGGGGCUGAGGGAAGGAUUAGAGGGGGAGAAGAUGAGGUCAAAUCAGCCUUAUCCACCUUAUCCACAACUUCCAGGACCCAGACCUGAAGCGCCAUUAGGCGGAGGCAGGGGGCAGAAGGCCCAAAGUCGAGGGCAAUGUGGUGGAAAGGGCCUACUAAGUGAGGCCCAAGUACGACUGCUGGUUGGUCUUCAUUAUCUACCCCAUGAGCACGGCCCCUCUGCCCAUAAACUGUUGCAGGACCUAACCUGGCUCAAAACCAACUGUCACUUGGUUUGUGCUAAUAGCAAUAAGGCGCCACCUCAGAAGAUUGAUGAGUGGCGUAGCAGGGCUUCCAGAUUCCUGUCCUUAUGUCAAGACAUAGUCCAACUCCACAACAGCGUGGUUGGUGGGGCCAACAGGGCUGUGCUCUAUGACCUUUACCCAUAUGUGUGGGACCUGAGAAACACAGCUCUGGUCGCCAAAGCCUUCAUAUGUUGGCUGGAUGGACGAGUGUUGAGUGAUGGCUCCUCCCUUGGCACAUGGAGGAACUGUUUCCACUGGUGUGGAAAGUCUACAGGGGCAGACCUACAGGGAAUAGAGUCAGAACCAUGGGUGUUCAAAGGGGGUGUGUCAGGAGAGGUGCAGAUGCUUCUCCCAAUAGGUAGCUGCAGCGAACUUUUCACCCAUCCUCCUCCUCUCUUCCCAACCUCUCGUCUCUAUAACAUCAGGCCCUUUCAAAGCAAGGACAAGGUGGAGUUGUAUCGGAUUGUGCGACAGCUUUACAUUAGAUCUCAGCAUGGCCAAGAAUCCAUCGUGAUUCACCCAGAUGUGGUAGGAGACAGAUGUCUCGGACCAUGCCUGGCGUUGUGCCCAGAGUAUAGUUUUACCCUGGAGGACGAGCUGGGUGUGUGUGGCUGUGUGUUGGGUAUCUUGGAUGUUCGCUCUUUUGCCAAGCGUUGCCAGGCCAGCUGGCUGCCUGCCAUGAGGGACAAAUACCCUCACAAAGGGGGUAACCCCAACACACAGGACUUGAUCAAGCUGAUGGAGGAGGACCAGGGAGAGUACCCAGAUUCUCUCCUCUAUCACUUCCCUUCUCAGCUGCGCCUGGAUGCCUUGCCUGAGCUGGUGGAUAUCAGCAUCAGCCGCACCCUCCUGAACGCCCUCCUCACUGCACUUAAGGCCAAUGGUUCUCAGGGUGUGUUCUGCGAGGUGCAGCCGACAGACCGACAGAGGCUGGAGUUCUUGACAAAACUGGGCUUUUUGGAGAUCCUCAGAGGAGAAGCCAGGAGCAGAGAGGGACUGGUGCUGGGAAGGCUGCUCUGAAACACACACACACACACACACACACGCACGCACACACACACACACACACACACACACACACACACACACACACACACACACACACACACACACACACACACACACACACAAACACACACACACAUCAUCUGCAGUACAGCAGCCCUUCUUUAGGACCAAUACUGAAUUCCUUUCAAGACAUGUUCUAGUUACAAAAUUAGCCAAGAGAACUCUGACAGAUUAAGAACUAGAGCUGGCGAUAUUAAAAACCCAUGUUAUCAUGAUAACAUUUUUCAUAUCAGUCGGUAUCAAUAAUUAUCAGGAUAAAUAUCAAAUCAUUGUUUCAUUUAAAUUUAAAGGCAGAUUUCUGCUCCUGAGUGAAAGUUUAAGAAGGUUUGUUAGCUUCUUGAAUAACUCAUUUUUGCCGGUGCAGGUUUCUUUUGUAAAAUGAGAUUUUUGUUUUGGAUUGGAAGUUUUAAUCUGUAGAUUUAAAUUUUUCUCAGGUUGAAGUAAUUUGGAUAUAUUUGUUUAAAUUAAUUAAAUAAUACAAAGAUAUAUCAUAUUGUAUACUGCUUGUGAGUUUAGUAAAUUACUGUUUUGGGUAGUGUACUGCUCUUUAAGAUUUUAUCAUGAUAAUUGUUGUUACCGAAUUAUCGCCCAGCCCUAUUAAAAACAUAAAAAAUAAGCUUUGAGUUUGAGCUGAGCUUUGACCUUUGGCAGAGCUGUGCUGAUCCUAGCCAAAUUCAAUCUUUGGCUUUAAGUUCCAACAUUUUAUCAAGAUACAAGGCAAUCAAUUUCACAAUAUGAGAAAGGAGCACAGCAGUGGAUCAGUAUUCUUGUACUGUUGGCAUGUGUUGUUUUCACAUAUGUCUCUGUUGGUGUAAAGUGGCCACAAUCAGUAUGUUACCAAACAUUUUACCAAAACAGAAUAAAGCACAGUGACUAUUCAACAAACGUUGUCAGGUAACAAUUUAAAAUUCCAAAUGAAGAGUUGGUUUACAUGUAUGUUGCUCUAACACAGCUGGAUGUGGAGGUAGAAGAAUGUUUUUAGAAAUGUUGCAAUUUUAAUGUAGGGAUAUCUUUACAGCUUGAGCCAGAGCUGGGCGAUAAAUAACACCCCCCCACCACUGGAAAGGGAGGGGACUCUAAUGUGCCCUAAAUGCUAGUUGCCACCCAACAGUAAACAGAAGAAGAAGAGAACCCUUAUGUUGCGUUCACACCAGACAAUAGUCUGUUGUUAUCAGACAAGGUUGAGCUUGCAGACAUUACAUGGGGAAGCCGGUUAUGCUAAAGGGGCAGAGCUAACUUCCUACUACAACCCAUAGCUGGAUUCAAGUGACAGACAAAGUUUUUCACAACUUCCCACAUAAUCCUCCUCACUCUCUGUCCUCACAGUGAGCUCCUGUUUAUUCCUGAUCCGAUAAAAAGUAGAUGGAGUCAAAUAGUUUAGGGAAGCUGCACAGCAAUAGAAUCAAAGUGUCACCGGAUGAUCUGCACACUGAUUGGCUAUCGCGGCACAAUAGAUUCGCUGGAGUUCAGAUAUUUCAACUCUUGAAUCAUUUGUGCAAAUAAUUCACGUCUUUACAUUGACUUUACAUGUAAUUCAUCCGCACAAAUGAUUUUAUUCGCGUUUGGUGUGAAUUAGCAAUCUUAAAGGGGUGUGCAGUACUCAAAACGAUACUCGACUAAACUGAUAUAAAGUAGACAAUUUGAUAUAUCUUGGUGGAAAAUUUGAAUGAAAUUAUGCACAUUUUCAGAAAAAAUAAGAAACUACAAACUAAAACUUUGCAAAAAUCUCAUUUUACACAAAAGAGCCGCUUCCUGUUAGCACCGUUAAAAAAAUGAUGGAUUUGAGAAGCUUUCCUGAAAACUAAAUCCAAGACACAAGCUAACAAACAGUCUGGUUUCUUCAACUUUCACUCAAGACCAAAAAUCUGCCUUUACAUUUAAAAAAAAUAAUGAUUUUAUAUUUAUCGUGAUAAUUAUCGAUAUUGACUGAUAUGAAAAUUUGUAUUGUGAUAACAUCUUUUUCCAAUAUCGCCCAGCUCUAGGUUGAUCCCUAAGUGAAAAAGAAAAGAAAAAAAAGAAAGACAACAAAUAAGUUAUUUUAGUUUUAAGUGAAAAUAGUUUGUAAAUGCAAUACUUCCACUGCACCAAGACAAUGAAAUUUUAGUGAGAAGGGAUAUGCAAAUUUUCAGUAAGUGGUGCUAUAUUAUCAUGAUGGUCACUUGAAGGACUUGCUUGUUUAUACUGCUAUGGAUUAUAAUGUGUACAACAGAAAACAGCAGUUUGAAGGCAGUUGGGCCUCAAGGAUCUCGCCUUCUGAAGAGAUACUGGAGCGAGGUUCUACAUGUUUGGGGGGUUGGGUGGGGGGGUUAACAUUUUCCAUUAUUAGCUGACCUCACCUCUAUUCUAAUUUUAUGAGUGGGUUUUUUGCCUGAUUUUUCUUAGAUUCAUGGUUUUCUAAGAUAUUCUAAAAAACAGAAAAAGAAAAAGUUUUAAGCUUCAGAGGUGCAUGAUGGUGGAUUUGUUACUUUUGAAUGCUAAGUAAUUUUUUUCUGAGUUUCAGUCUUUGUAGCUUCAAAUUUUUGGUACAAACGUAUCCUUAACUGACAUUUGGCAAGGCAGUGAAUAUUAUUUCACAGAUUGUUAACCCUUUAAAUUGAGAUUUAAUAAUCACAUGUGUAUUUAAUAAUCUCGAACUGUUGAUGUUGUGCUCUGCUUCCAAUGCUUGGUACAAAAAUGACAAUUCGCACACUUAUUGUUGGUUGAAUAGAGUCUGUAAACACUGGACGGAACAUGAUGUUACUGUUUGCACUUUGUAGUUUAAAUGAAUGUCUAAAUGCAUGAAGAACUAAA